UCCGGGUGGCCCCCGAAGUAAGGUGUCCAGACGGCCCAAGGCAGAGGAGGUCUUAGCCUCGCCAUGACCGAGCGACGUGGGGGACUGGGAGCCCGCCUGGCCCGCCUGCUGGCUGGACUAGGGGCCCGGAGAGAGCGCAGGGGGAAGGAGACCUCAGAGGAGGCCAGACCCCGAGAUAGACCCUGGGGUGGCCAGAGCUGCCCCGACCUCGCCCAGGGCCGGGGCAGCACUGGCAGCACCGGCGAUGUCAGACUCAAGGUCCAAGCCCAGAGCCAUUCAGAAUGGGACCUUCGGGUCACAAGCCAUGGUGGUUUCUGGUCUCGGAAGCGCCAGCACCCCUCAGGGAGACCAGCUCAGCCCCUGGGGCGCCUGCAGAGGCCAGCUGUGGGCAGUGCCUCUGACUUGGCCAACUAUGCCUCCAUGGCACCCGAGGACCAGGCCCCGGCCGUGGUCUCAGCAGAAACUGCUGGUGCCCAGCACCCCUUACUCCAAGGCAAUUCUCCUGGACAUACAGAACAGGGAACCCCAGGCCACACCUGCCAGCAAGCCCCACGAGUAGCCCCAGACCUCACUCUGAGACUGGAGCCGCCCAGCAAUCUGGAAAACUCGCCUCUGCCGCCCCACCCAGCAUCUUUCACUGAGGUGGAAGGGGCAAAGGGCGAGCGGGACUCCUCAGGGCCUGUCCAGUCAGAGUCAGCCCGGAUCCUCCACUCACGACGGCCUGCCGGGAGGACCCGCUACCACAUCACUGUCACCCUGCAGGGGUGUGGGCAGACACCCAGGGAGGAGGGUGAGGAACCGGCCCGACCAGCUCCCCACCCCUGCGGCCCUGCGGAAUCCAGGGGCUGGCUGGAGCCUCCCCAGGGGCUCCGCCCCAUCACGGGGUGCCCGACCAACCUGCUCCAGGAGCCCCAGCUGAGAGCUCCGCCGCUGCCGCUGCCGCAUCAGGGGAGCUUGGCCCAGUGGCAGGAGGUCCAGCCCGGCUGGAAGCCUGGGUCCCCACACAGAGGGGAUCUGGACUACAGUGUGAAGAGAACACCUCUGGACAGGUUUCCGGGGCCCAACAUGGAGGAGGCUGGGCCCCCGCCCCGGGCUGAGGCCCGAGUGGUAAGUGCCACCCUGAUGUGGCGACAUCGGCCUCCGGCCCAGGAAGAAAUUAGACAUCGUUUUCACAAGGUGUCCCUGGUGUCAGGGGCCCGGGAGGAGAUGUUUGGGUACAGCCACCUUCAAGAGGAAGUCAAUGGCUUUGCUACUCGGGAAGAAGAGACCGUGAAUCACCAGGGCCUUUGGGAUGAGGCUGGCUCUACAAAAUUCCAGAGCCACGGACCCAUCUUUUCCAAGAAGUAUAUCCCACCCCCGAAGGAGAAAAGGCCAGUGAGGAGGCUGAAGGAGGCUGCAGACCAGACUGACAGCAUCCCCCAGGCUCCCAGGACUGAGCCACCAGGCAUGGGAACCACGGCCAGGACUGAGUUGCUGGUGCCCCUGCCUGGGCCCCGGGAGCCAAGCCCCCACCCAGGCCUGAGUCACUCCAGUGGGAGCUCUUGGAACCGUGAGGAGUGUCGAGUGACACGUACUGUGCGGACCACCACAGUAGUAGGGGGCCACGUGGACCGCCGGGUGAGCAGCUCGGUGACCACAGGGCCCACGCUGUUGGGUGAGACCUUGCCAAGGGGCCGCCAUGUGGCCCGCACGGUCCGGACGGUGGUGGUGAACCCCCGGGCUGAGGGCUCACCCAGCCACAGCAAGGCCCGGGAGCUGCUGAGUAGCCUGGUGCCUGCUGAGCACAGCUCCCUGGCCAGUCACCUCCCCAGGCCCAUGAAUGUGCCAAGGAGCCAGGGCCUGGGUGGCACAGGGGGCACAGUACCUGGGGAACUGCCUGAGACCGGGACAGCCCACCUAAAGGUCCCUACCAGCAGCUCGGUGAGUCCUCACCUACCCCAGAACCGAGACAGCCCUGCAGCCUGCCCAGACCAAGACCAAGGCAGGGCCCUGGAGCCCAGAAGGAUGCAGGGAGCCUCCAGCCCUACUCCACUGCCUCCCCAGACUUCUCAGAGCCAAGCACCAGUGCCCUCCCCUCCCAGACUCCAGACCCAUCCCCCCUCCCCAGGCUUGGCCUCUCAGCCCAGGGCCCGGCCCAGUCUCCAUGGCCUGCCCUCUGUACAAAAGGAAGGGCUUGUGGAUCCCCUUGCUGCACCCAUCCCACCUGUGGAGAGGAGCGAGGCUGUUCCUAUGCCUGGACAACCUGUUGUUCCAUCUUCUAUUAGGAAGAAGACUGUCCCCAGCCCAGGAGGUCUUUCUGCUGUCUCCUCCCCAAGGAAUAAAUUUGUUCAGGACUCUGAGAAUGUGCCUGCCUCCUCCCUUACUCAGAAAGAGGCAGUUCAAGGCCCUGGUGCUCCCGAUGCCUCAUCCCCUAAGCCAGCCAAGGUUGCCCAGAGCCCAGAAAGAGGCCCUAGCACCCAAAAGCAGGUUGUCUGGAAUGCUGAAAGCAGCCCUGCCCCCUCCCUUACCAAGGAAGAGACUUUUCAAGGCCCACAUGCUCCUGUUCCCCAACUCCCCAAAGAGAAUGAGGCCAUCCCAGGUGCCAAAGGGAGCCCUGUCUCAUCCCCUCAAAAAGAUGACAUCCACAGCUCCGCUGUUAGUCCUGCCCCAACCCCCUCAGUGGACAUGGUGUCCCCUGGUGUAGGAGACACCCCUGUUGCAGUGCCAGAGGAGGCAGAGGCCAGCCUGGAGUCCCAGCUUGCCCCUGACUCUGCUGAGGACAAGUCACUUCCAGGGUCAUCGAGUGAGGAGGAUGAGUUGGUCCUGGAUGCUGAUCUGGAGAUUUUCCUGGAUACGUUACGGAGCAUGGAGCCCCCUGAGAUCCUCCGCACUCACCGGCUGCCCCGAGCCCCACGCUCCUCCUACUUGGCCGUGUACGCCACACUGCCUGCCAUCGAGGAGGACCAACCUGGUCCAUGGGUGCUGGGACCCAGCCCCCAGGAGGUGCCUGCCCUGGAGGAAGAGGAGGAGGAGGAAGAGGAGGAGGAAGAAGAGGAAGAACCAGAGAACCCCUACCUGAGCGAUGAUGAGAAGCUCCAGCUUAGGCUGGAGAAAACAGGUCCCAGCCUCUCAUGGGGCUCCCGUUCUGCCAGGCCUACCCAGGACUCUUCUUCACCCCUGGAGAUGAUGAAGAAACACGUGGCGGAUGCCAGAAGCCAUCACCCAGAACUUGGGCUGGAACUGCAGACUGGAAACCGGCCCACUUCCCGACUCGGUGGCAGCCUUCUCUUUAGCAGUCUCAUGUCUGCCACCAAGGAGGCACCCACCCCAGAACCACUAGGUGCAAAACUAUCUGCUCUGCCACCCCAUGGGGCACCAGGGCUGAGGAAGGUGCCUGGACAGUUGCCCCUGCUCUGCAGUGGAAGGCCACCACCAGAGAAGCUGACACGUGCCCAGCCCCUGGAGGGGUGGAGCCCAUCCUUGAAGACACAGGGCAAGCUGAACACCAGGCCUGGGAAGGUGAUCUUCUUCUCACAGCCCGGCUGCCAGGGUAGCAGCAGGGAGAUCUGGGAAGACAUUGCUGAUGCCUCGGGCUGGGCCCUUGUCACCUCUGUAAGGGUGGUUCGAGGAUGCUGGGUGCUGUAUGAACAGCCCAAGUUCCAGGGCCGGAAGCUGGUCCUGCCUGAAGGAGACAUGGACCUGAGAGCCCUGCAGCCAGCGUGGAACACGCGAGGCAUUGGCUCCCUGAGGCUGGCUGUCUGGGACUACUGCACCCCGGAGAUCAGUCUGUUCUCUGAGGAGGGCCUCAAGGGUGAGCAGGUGAAGCUAACUGAAGCCUUGAAGGAAGCUGGGGGCCUGGAGAGGCACCUGCAGGUGGCAUCUGCCACCGUCUCUGCAGGACUGUGGCUGCUAUACCCCAAACCGUUCUUUGAAGACACCCCUUAUAUCCUGGAGCCUGGGGAGUAUCCUACCUUGGAGGAUUUGGGUACAUCAGACCCCACUGUGGGCUCCCUGAAGCCCAUGAGAUUGGGCUGUCCAAGUGUGGAGAAGCCAGGGGAGCCCAAGGCUAUAGUGUAUGAGGCCGCAGGCUUUCAGGGCCAGAGCUGGGAAGUGAGCAGAGACAUCUACAACAUUCAGCAGCCAGAGGACAGCCAGAGCCCCAACCUCGCCUCUGUGGGGUCCUUGAGGGUUCUUGGGGGCUGUUGGGUGGGCUACGAGAAAGUGGGCUUCCGAGGCCACCAGUAUCUGCUGGAGGAGGGCGAGUACGCUGACUGGUCGCACUGGGGAGGCUAUGACGAGCUGCUGACCUCCCUGAGGAUCAUCCGGACGGACUUCGGGGACCCGGCUGUGGUGCUGUUUGAGGACAUGGACUUCCAAGGGCACGGCGUGGAGGUGAGCACGGCACUGCCGGAUGUGGAGCUAGUGCAACACGGGCCCCGCACUCAGGCCAUCCACGUGCUCAGCGGCGUGUGGGUGGCCUAUGGGCAGGUGGGCUUCUCCGGCGAACAGUACGUGUUGGAGAAGGGCGUGUACCGUAACUGCGAUGACUGGGGAUUGACAGCCUCCUCGAGUCUGGAAACUGGUCCUCUCUUUCAGGUCGGGGAGCACGAUCUGCACUUUGUCUCAAAGAUUCAGCUUUUCUCCGGGCCCGACUUCCUGGGCGACCAUAUCUGCUUCGAAGAUGACCGAGCCUCUCUGCCCACCUCCUUCCAGCCCCAGUCCUGCCGGGUCCACGGCGGCAGCUGGAUCCUGUUUGAUGGGGAGAACUUCAAGGGGGACCAACACAUCCUCUCUGAGGGCGAGUUUCCUACUCUCACGGCCAUGGGCUGCCUGGCCUCCACAAUCCUGGGCUCUCUCCGGAAAGUGCCCCUGCACUUUUCAGAGCCUGCCAUUUUCCUGUAUGGACUGGAGUCCUUCGAGGGGAAGGAGAUUGAGCUCAGCGGGGAGGUGCGGAGCCUGCAAGCUGAGGGCUUCAACAACCACGUGCUGUCCGUGCGGAUCAAGGGGGGCGUGUGGGUGCUGUGUGAGCAUAGUGACUUCCGGGGCCACCAGUGGCUGCUGAGCAGCUGUGAGAUCACCAACUGGCUGACCUACAGCGGCACCCAGAGGGUGGGCUCCCUCUACCCCAUCAAGCAGCGCCGAGCUUACUUCCGCCUCUGGAAUUCUGCCCUGAGAGGAUUCCUGGCAGUGCCCGACCACGUGGAGGACAUGAAGGCUGGCCGGGUGGUAGUCUCCGAGCCCCGAGCUGGGGGCAGCUAUAUCUGGUACUAUGAGGAUGGGCUGCUAAAGAACCAGGUGGCCCCCACCAUGAGCCUGCAGGUGAUUGGACCUCCUAGCCCAGGCUCCAAGGUGGUGCUCUGGGCCGAGAGCCGCCUGCCGCGCCAGACGUGGAGCAUCGAUGAAUCGGGCCACAUCUGCAGCCAGAUGUUUGAAGGCCAGAUCCUGGAUGUGAAGGGUGGCCGAGGUUACGACCGGGACCAUGUGGUGCUGUGGGAGCUGGCAGAGGACAGGGCCUCCCAGAUCUGGACUGUCCACGUGCUCUGAACCCCUCUCCUGCCCCGUCCCCAGGGGCUCUUGCUGGUGUGCAAUGUUUUUAUAGGUUUUUGUUGUGACAUAAGCUAUUGUCUAAUGCCAGGUAUCUCCAUCUCUGUGUACCUUGAUGUUUGGGGUUUGGGGUGAAGAUUGUUCACUGGCCUUUGCCCCGCUACACUCAGGCUGGCUUUUCUGUUAUUUGGGCCUUGGAUGUAUGGUCUCCGCCGCCACCAGAGGGAGCCUGGCCACUGGACUGGGAUGAGUCGCCCACAGGCUGUGUUCUGAUCUUCUCUGACCUACAGGUGGCCCCAGGCUGUGGGGACACAGAGGCCAAGGCUUGUGGUCCCCACCCUGAGAGAACACAUAGUUCAGUGGCAGAUUCUGAUAGCCAGAGUGACAUAGUGACAGGAAGAACACAGUGGAGGGUUGCGCAGAGCAGAACCCUGCUGCCAGGGACCUUCUGCUGACACAGGAUGGGAAGGACCAGGCUGUAGGGUGGAACAGGAAAAUGUCCCACGGAGCAGACAAGUCCAGCUAUGAACCCCAGCCUGGUGGUACACACCUGUAA